CAAAGGCUGGCUUGGAAGGGGGGGGCGGCAGCGGCUGCAGAUGUGAGCGUGCGGCUCCCCUCGCCGGAUCGCUCCCAGCGGCGUCGUUGUCCUCCUCUCCAGCGCCCGCGAUCCGCUUCUUCUUUUUCUCUCCUCCUCUCUUGGAAGAAGAGGAGGAGGAAGAGAGACAAAAAAGGGGGGGAGAAGAAGGGGGGGCGAGGCACCCGAGCCCCAGGCGAGAGGGACGCGAUCUUCGGCGUGCGUUUUGCAAAAAGAAAGAAACUCCUGCUCGUCGCUCCUUGCUGCCUGCCAAGCGAUGUUCCAGACAUUAUACAACUGCUUCUGGUGGGACCGGCUCUGGUUGCCAGCAAACCUAACCUGGGCUGACCUCGAAGACCGAGAUGGGCGAGUCUAUGCCAAGGCCUCGGACCUCUAUGUCACCUUCCCUUUGGCCUUCCUCUUCCUCAUUCUUAGACAUCUCUUUGAAAUAUACAUAGCCACCCCAUUAGCCGGUCUUCUGAACAUCAAGGAGAAAGUACGGUUAAAAGCCGGGCCAAAUCCCGUCUUAGAAACAUUUUACUCCGCUUCUUCCAAGCAUCCCAAACAGGCGGAUAUUGAAGCCCUUUGCAAGAAAUGCGGCUGCACCGCACGGCAGGUGGAACGGUGGUUCCGGCGCCGACGCAACCAGGACCGGCCCAGCUUGCUCAAGAAGUUCCGGGAGGCCAGUUGGAGAUUCACCUUUUACAUUAUUGCUUUCAUUGCUGGCAUGUCUGUUGUUGUAGAUAAACCCUGGUUUUAUGACUUGCGGAAAGUUUGGGAAGGUUAUCCCAUUCAGACUCUACUGCCUUCCCAGUAUUGGUACUACAUGAUCGAGCUGUCGUUCUACUUGUCUCUCCUAUUCAGCAUCGCCUCAGAUGUGAAGCGGAAGGACUUCAAGGAGCAGGUCAUUCACCAUGUGGCAACCAUCAUUUUGAUUACGUUUUCCUGGUACACGAAGUACAUUCGGGCAGGGACUCUAGUUAUGGCUUUGCACGAUGCCUCGGAUUACCUGCUAGAGUUGGCAAAGGUAUUUAACUACGCCGGCUGGAAGAAUGCUUGCAACAAUCUCUUCGUUGUCUUUUCUGUGGUCUUCAUGAUUUCCCGGCUCAUCAUCUUUCCCUUCUGGAUCCUAUGGUGUACCAUUAUCUACCCCUUGGACAUAUAUCCUCCCUUCUUCGGCUACUAUUUCUUCAACUUCAUGAUGAUCGUCCUUCAAUGCCUGCACGUCUUUUGGGCAUAUUUUAUCCUGCACAUGGCCCACAGAUUCAUAACUGGAAAGGUGAUGAAAGAUGAACGUAGCGAUCACGAUGAGACCGAUAACACAGACGAGGAGGAGGAGGAGGCAGCAGCAACUUCGGCGGGGCAUAGCACAAAGAACGGCCCGCUUACCAACGGGCACCCCGUCUUGAACAAUAACCAUCGGAAAGCUGAAUGAAUGCUAACCCCCCUCCGGUUCAAGCUCGCCUGUUGUUUGGCUGCAAGCUGAGGAUUUUGAGGUCAUACUGAGAACUUUCCACCAGGUUAACAUCAAAAUUCUAUCGAAAGCAGAAGGGGGGCCUUCCCUGCACCGGCAUUUGAUCCCUUCCUCAAAUGUCGGUAGCCAGGUAGUUCUCAUGAGAAAGGAAGGGGCUGUGAAGCUCCCGCCAGCCCGCAAUUUACUCGAGAAAAGCAACCCCAACUGCUUCUUCGUCGGACAGGAGCGGUAACUGGAAAGUUGGCUUCUUCUUUCGGGGAUGGUGGUGGUGGUGAUGGAUGGCCUCUUUUCUCUGGCCCUCGGUCCUUCACCAAACUGCCUUAAAAAAAUCUGGGGCAAGAUGAACCCCAAGACUGUGUUGCCUUUUGGGUUUCCCCCCGCCCCUCCUUUCUCCCAACUACAAAUUCAUUCACAACCCAAAAGGUGCGGGAAAGGAAGCACUGCGCUGCAAGUCACGCUUCCCCUCACAUUCUUUUAGAUUCUCUGUUCUAGUAACACCUGGUAACUUCCACUUGCACGGCACCUCACUGACCCUUCCCCUUUUUUUCUGUGCCAAAUGUUUUGUCGCAUUUUUUUAAAAAAAGAAAGCAGAGUGACUUCUGGUCUCCGGCUUCCUUUCCCGUUAGGUUUUCGAAAAUCUGUAGGCUUGAAGGCAAAGAUCUUUCCCUAGAAACUGGAAACGGAGAAGGAAGAUUAAAAUCUUCAGGGUGCACCUACGUAGGGUUUUUGUGGGGAGGGGAGAUUGCAAUGGUUGUUGGUUGUCAGUCGCACUCGUUCUUGGGUCUGGUGGCUGCUUCUCUCUGGACUCUGCUGAUGUGGGGAGGGGCAGGCAUGAGGCUUCCCCAAGAGUAGGAUGAUCCCUACUUCCUGGUCCUAGAACAGCAACUAAUUCUUCUUGAGUUUAUCCACUAAGCAGAGAUGUGAGAAGCCCGCUCCUGCACACCCUAGCCUUACUCUGGCAUCUGCUAGGUUUUUUAAACGGGACGCGCGUGAGUUGGGCCUCGCCCCCUCUUCCCAUUCCAAAGUCCUGGAACCCUUGAAGGGGUUUGUUAUGCUCUGGAGAGGUCAUGCUAUAUACAUGUCCUUUGGGGAAAUAAUUUUUUUUUUUUUUUGCAAAACAAAAAAUCCAGAGUAUUACUUAGAUACUCCAGAAGUAAUUGGGAUAGGUGUUAUUGGAUUGCCUAAAAUGUCUUUUUCUUCACCCCAAGCUCUGGCUUGCAGAACUGUAGGUAGGCAUUUAUCUAUUUUUUUUUAAAUUGGAGAAGUAUUUAAUAAAGAGGUUUCCCCCACUUUGCGGAGGAGGGCUUGCACCGGAGGUUGCAUUUGAGGCAACAGGAAUGGUUGCGACCUGCGGUUUUACAUGCACAUCUGCCGUGUGGAUGCAUCAGCAAGCCGCUACAGUGGCCUCAGUGGAAGCGCCUCCUCUGUUCACCUCUUAAAUUGCUCAGCCACCCUUCUGUGUGCAACGUACACUACUUCACCACUACCCCAUUUCCACGAGGAACUUCAUUCUCUCACCUUCGCUCGUUUUUGUUGCAGGGAAAAAAAAUUAUGCACCGCCCCUUUGGAUUAAAAUGGGGGUUGCGGCUUCUGCUGCCUCAAUAACUUCUUGCAUGGGAGAAGGCUCUGCCUUUAGUGGGACAGAGCCGUGGUGGGACCCAACCUACAGUGCAAUCCAUUCAGAGUUACUCCUGUCGAAGCCCAUGGAGUUCAAUGGGCUUAGAGUGGAGUAACUCUGUUUAGGAUUCCUCUGCUAGGCCGCUUUCCUCUUCAUGACACCCUCUUUCCAGCCCUGAUGCUGAUUUCUUUUUCCUUAAUUUAUUAGUUAGGACUUUUGCAAACAAGGAGAAACACAAGUAGGGGCUCAGCUUGAAGGACGGGAGAAGAUUUUUUCCAACCUAGCCACCAGUGGCUUGGGUGUUUGGGGAGGGGGGGGUAUAGAAGGACCAGUAAUCCUAUCUUCAGACCAAAAUGUUUUUUUAAAAGUUAAAUAUAUUAAAAACCUAAAUAAAACUAAUAAACAUCUGUUUAAAAAGAA